UGGUGUCGGUGGAGUUCGGCGGGAUGUCAUCGCGUCUCUCCUUCUCUCAGUACCGUUUAGAGGCGGAGGUCGAGCGCUGCCGUGCCGAGUGUCAGUGGGACAAAAUCCCGUCUUUAGUGGAGCAGCUCACUGCCGCGCGAGUGCACGAGGAUGAUGAUUUCAGGACACUGUUGCUGGCUGAAGCUCUGUUGGAAGAAUGUCUGCUGGAGAACAUGACACUGCUGAAGAAUUUUACUCUUUUGACUGAACAUUCACAUCCCAAACUAGCCCGAGCCAAAGCUCACCUCGACAGCAUCCUGUGCAAGGGACGUCUGGAGCCACACUACCUGAAUGAAGCUCUGCUCCUGUUGGCUAAAGUGCACUAUGUGCAGGGACGCUACAGGGAUGCGCAGGGCAUGUGUGCCAGAGCGGGUGUUGAUGAUUUUACACGCCAAGAGCAGCCUCUAUAUCAGCUGCGCAUGCUAGCAGAGGCUUUUGUCAUCAAAGGUUUGUCUUUGGACCAUCAGCCUAUGUCUGGUACGUCCCGUGUUAGACUGUCUGAGAGAGAUGAAGAGUGCCUGACCUGUUACCUCAUGGCCUGUGAUGCUGGGCUGUUGUACCUUCAAGAGCUAGACAAGACUGUAUGCACAACAAAUUCCAAAACAGCUAAAAGCGGUUCAUCAGUCCCUCCCUUUGAAUUGGAUCCAGGCUACUUCCUGCAGGCAGCUCUGCAGAGUGCAUACUUGUCACUCCUACACAAGGGUCACUUGGCCCAGGGUACACACCAGCUUCGGCGGGUCAUGAGGGUUGUGGAGAGUUGGGGGUCUCAAACAUUUCGUAAGACAGUAGCGUGCAGGCUUGCAGAAGUGUUGUUGAGUUCAGUGAGUGAUGACGCAUACUGGGGUCCACUGUCUCCUCCACCGGCCGACUGGCUGAACAGAGAGGGAGCCACAAACCCCAAAGAUGCCAUCUACCCCUCGUCCAGACCACCACAGCGCUACAACACUGAGGGAGCUUUCUGUCCGCAAGACGUGGUGGAAGAGGCGGUGCUGGUGCUCCUCAUCACAGAAUCCAUGGCCAGUGGCGAGGCAGUGAUCAGCCGCACACCGGAGCACCAGGAAGCGAGAGAGUCCAGCAUGCAGGAUGUCUCCUCUGUCUAUGACCUGCUGAGCAUCGGCAUGGCCAGGAGGGGGCAGUACUCCAUGCUCUCAGAGUGUUUGGAGCGGGCCAUGAAGUUCUCCUAUAAUGAGUUUCAUCUAUGGUACCAGCUUGGUUUGUCUCUGAUGGCAAGUGGGAAGAAUGAGGGUGCGGUUUCUGUCCUUAAAGAGUGCGCUAACAUGAGACCGCAGGACCCUAUACCACCUCUGCUCGCAGCCAAAGUGUGCAUCAACCAGCUGCAUUGGUUGGAGGAGGCAGUGUCUCUCGCAGGUAGUGUGAUUGGUUUAGGAGAGUAUGCUGAGGAGUCUCUACCUCGAGCUCAUCUGGCCAUCGGACUGGGCCGUAGUCUGCAGGCCUCUGACGCUACACUGAAAGCCGAUCAGGACGAGUUCAACAGAAGAGCGCUGCAAUCACUGCGAAAGGCACACGCGUUGGACCCUCAGGACCCUCAGAUCUCCUUCUACCUCUCUCUGCAGCUCGCCCUCGUGCGACAGGUGUCAGAAGCGAUGGAGCCGUUGCAGUCAGCUCUGAAUGUACGAGGAGAUGACCUGCACUCUCUACACCUGCUGGCUCUUCUGCUCAGCGCCCAGAAACACAACCAACAUGCCUUAGAUUCUCUUAAACUCGCCCUUAGCCAGCACCCAGACAACUUCAAUCUGCUCUUUACCAAAGUGAAGCUGGAGGAGGUUUUGUUCGGCCCAGCCGUAGCUUUGCAGACCUGUGAAGAAAUGCUGCGCUUGUGGCAGAGUCGCAAUGACUUCAACCAACUCAGUGAGGAGGAUGACAGUAGCAGUUUACCUCCUGAUCCAGGCCCUUUGAGCAGGAAAGGCAGUGGCCUCCAUCUCACACUCCCAGACUUCCAGGAGACAGAGACCGGGUCUCAGAGCGCUCCAUCUUUAGCUGUGUCCCGUCUGGAGCAGGCCAUGUCUGAGGUAUCGGCCCUUAGCUCCACCCACAGACAGGGCCCUCCCUACAUAUGGACCACCCUAGAACGCAUCUGGCUGCAAGCAGGGGAGUUGUUCAUGGCUGAUGGGAGGAUGAAGGAGGCUCACUUCUGUGUGCAAGAGGCAGGAACUCUUCACUCCACCUCACACUCAGUGCUGCUGCUGAAGGGCCGUCUGGCCGAGCUCAAGGGCAACGACACAGAGGCCAAGACCAUGUAUGACGAAGCUCUCGCCAUAAACCCCAGAGGACACCAUAUACUGCUGCACCUGGGUAAGUUGUUGGUUCGCAAAGGCCGUGUGGGUCUCGGGGAGAAAGUGCUGAGGGAUGCGAUACAGGUCCAGUGUAUGGCGCACGAGGCCUGGAGUGGCCUGGGGGAGGUGUUGCAGAGCAGAGGCAGCCCACAGGCUCCCGACUGCUUCCUCACUGCACUGGAGCUGGAGUCCAGCUGCCCAAUACGACCCUUUACCAUCAUCCCACGAGAACUCUGACACCUGUCCAUAGUGUCUCAGACACACAUACACACACUAAUACAUGUAUGUACAUGAAAGGAAUAAACAUACAGUACACCACUAUGCAUACUGCAUCUUUGAACACUCAAUUCAGAAUGGCCGAACACACGAAGGCUUUUCUUUGAAAUGCAACACUUUUGAAUUCAAGUAUGCUACAAAACAAUUCAAAUGCUCUCCUUUGUUUCUCAGGGACAACAUUCUUGAAUCAUUCCAACCACAGCUCACUUUAAACGAGAUUCUUUUAGUAUUUAUAUGCCUGAUAAUUGGCUACACUGUGUGUUGGUUGAAGAUCACUCCUCCAAUAAAGAAUGAUUUUGAAAUCCUAUCUUGAGUUUUUGCUAUUCUACUCAUUCAAUAUCAGUACCAGCCCACUAGCUCCAACACUCAAAGUCAGAUCUUAUGUAAUUAUGUAAUAUUUCCAGUGCUGUUGGUUAAACCCUUUGCUCUAUUUUCUCCAGGAUGGCUGUGGUUGCCUAGCAGCCGGCCGUUGUUUGAGUUUCUGGGGAGGCUGUUGGAGCUUCCGGACGUGGCUCUAAAGCCUCAUGGAAAACAGCGCUGUGCUAUUUUAAUCGGUUCUGUUUGAUGACGGAUCAAGAAGUUAAUUAGGGAUAGUGCAGAACGCAUAGACCAUUGAGUUAUGUAAGCAUGUUAAGUGAGAUUCUUGUUGCCUUACAUCUACAGUAUACGUGCCCUCAAUUGUUCUUGGCACAGAAGUAUUCGUUUAAACGGGAUACUUCUGUCAUCCUCCCAUUUCUAUUAUUUAAAACAGGUCUUUCUGCUCUCAUUGCAUAUUUCAGCUUAGUGUUGUUCUCAUGUAAUUCCAUGUAAUUUCCAUUAAAGAAUUAUUGGCUUGAGUAUUAAAACAGUAUUACUAAAUGGAUAUAACUAAUCAUGAGAGUGACUACAGGAAUAAUGAAAUUCAUGUAGAUCUUAUUAAGUGGGUCAGUCUUUUUGUCUGAAUAUAGUGUUUUUCAAAAAUACAAAAAUAAAUAGAUUACAUACAUUUCAGUGAUUUGAAUACACUAAUCAU